GCCUUUUCGUUUUUUUUAAUUAAUUAAUAAACUAUUCUUUUUUUCUAUCUGCAAGUACGUAGAAGAAGCCCUUUGUUGUUCUUCUCCGAUUCCAUCUUUUCUGAUCCAUAACGAAACCCUAGAUUGUCGCUACGAUCUCAAUCAAUCCGCUUUGUAGUCGUUAUUUUUCGCCUCUGGAAGGGAAAUUUCGAGGUUUUGGAGCAUUGAUUUCCGUACUGAGAUCGACAUCGUUGUCCUGGGACAUUCUUUGUCGAAAUCGGAGUUGGUUGGGUCGUUUUCUUCUUCCGGAGGAGGAUGAAAAUCGAAGGAUGAACGAUGCCGGUACUGCGUAGUGGAGCGCGCAGGGGCCGGGCAGCAACGAAGCAACAGUCGAGUCCGAUUGAGGCUGUGGAGGCGAUUGCCACGAGAACAAGGCGGCGACGGCGAGCGGCGGCAGCGGCUGUGGUGCCGAAGAACGAUAAUAGUAAGCAACUAGAGAAAUCGCAAGGACAUCAGUUCGGUGAUGAGAACGUAGGUGCUUCACCGGCUGAGGCUAAAGAGGAGGAGUAUAGGGGACUAGAAAAGGAAAGGGUUGGGGUUGAAGCCGCUGGAGCGGAGAAGGAGGAGGUAGGGGAGAAGAAGAUGGAUGAAGAUAGUGGGGCUCGGAGUAACGACAAGGUUCAAGUCGGUGACGACGAGGGUAGCACUGCACCGCUUCCUGAGAAGGUUCAAGUUGGUGGUUCCCCUUUGUACAAAGUAGAAAGAAAAUUAGGCAAGGGAGGAUUUGGACAAGUUUAUGUUGGUCGGCGUCUUUCUCCUGUAAUCGGUAGUGAUAAAAAUACUGGCCCUGGAGCUGUAGAGGUGGCCUUAAAAUUUGAGCAUAGAACUAGUAAAGGAUGCAACUAUGGGCCACCCUACGAGUGGCAAGUUUACAACACUCUUGGUGGCAGUCAUGGCGUACCUAGAGUACACUACAAGGGCCGGCAUGGUGACUACUAUAUCAUGGUUAUGGAUAUACUGGGGCCAAGCUUGUGGGAUGUAUGGAAUAAUAACUCUCACACAAUGUCCAUUGAAAUGGUUGCAUGCAUUGCAAUUGAAGCAAUAUCAAUAUUGGAGAAGAUGCAUUCUCGAGGGUAUGUGCAUGGCGAUGUCAAACCAGAGAAUUUCCUUCUUGGUCCUCCAGGGACUCCUGACGAGAAAAAGCUAUUCUUAGUUGAUCUUGGAUUGGCAACUAGAUGGCGAGAUAGUACAACUGGUCGCCACGUUGACUAUGACCAAAGACCAGACAUAUUCAGAGGAACAGUUCGUUAUGCUAGUGUGCACGCCCAUUUAGGGAGAACUUGUAGCAGGAGAGAUGAUCUUGAAUCUCUUGCCUAUACACUUGUUUUUCUUAUCCGAGGCAGACUGCCUUGGCAAGGAUACCAGGGAGAUAAUAAAGGGUUCCUUGUUUGCAAGAAGAAGAUGGCAACAUCUCCAGAGAAUUUAUGUUGCUUCUGCCCACAACCCUUUCGACAGUUUGUUGAAUAUGUGGUUAAUUUAAAGUUUGAUGAAGAACCCAAUUAUGCGAAAUACAUAUCCCUUUUUGAUGGUAUUAUUGGUCCCAAUCCUGAUAUUCGCCCAAUUAACACUGAGGGUGCACAGAAGCUUAUCAAUCUAGUUGGUCAGAAGAGGUCACGGCUAAUUAUUGACGAGGAAGAAGAAGAUGAACAACCGAAGAAGAAGAUUAGAAUGGGCAUGCCAGCAACACAAUGGAUUAGUGUCUACAAUGCUCGCCGGCCAAUGAAACAGAGGUACCAUUAUAACGUUGCUGAUGCAAGACUUUCUCAGCAUAUUGAGAAAGGAAACGAUGAUGGUUUGUAUAUCAGUUGCGUGGCCUCUUCUCAAAAUCUAUGGGCUCUAAUUAUGGAUGCAGGCACUGGAUUCACUGCACAAGUUUAUGAACUAUCACCCUGUUUUCUUCACAAGGAAUGGAUAAUGGAGCAGUGGGACAAGAACUUCUAUAUAACUGCAAUAGCUGGAGCUAAUAACGGGAGCUCCCUUGUAGUUAUGUCGAAAGGUACGCCAUAUUUGCAGCAGUCUUACAAGGUCAGUGACACUUUCCCUUUCAAAUGGAUUAACAAAAAAUGGAGGGAGGGAUUCUAUGUGACAUCAAUGGCCACUGCUGGGAGUAGAUGGGGAGUUGUUAUGUCGCGCGGUGCAGGAUUUUCUGACCAGGUGGUGGAACUGGAUUUUCUUUACCCAAGUGAAGGCAUUCAUCGUCGCUGGGACUAUGGAUAUCGUAUCACUUCAACAGCUGCGACAUGGGAUCAAGCUGCUUUAGUUCUUAGCAUACCAAAGAAGAAGCCUCAAGAUGAAACGCAAGAGACUCUGCGCACCUCUGCUUUUCCUAGUGCACACGUCAAGGAAAAGUGGGCAAAGAAUCUUUAUAUUGCUUCUGUGUGUUAUGGGCGAACAGUUUCUUAAACUGUCAAUACUAUAUUUAUUUAUUUAGUGUGCCCCAUAACACCGUAGCAGCAGAUGUGCUCCUCGUGGCGUUUCUUGACUAGUUUAUUCAGUCCGGGUUUGGGAUCUCAACGAUACCAUACCCUCCACAGAGCAAUUUUGAUGACUCAAGCUUUAAUUAAUUAAUUGUAAUUAAGGUAUAGGUGCUUUCAGUAAAAUAGACCCAUUUGUUUGUGUCAUGUUGUGUGGAAAUUGUGCUGUUCAUUUUCUCAAUUAUUAAUCGUAGCUCACGAGAUCCUUUACUAGGAA